AUGGAUAAAAACGAUGAUAUGUUUUGUGUGCUCUGUCAAGCACUGCCUUUUGCCGCGUAUCAACGGCUGAGCGACAUCUACUGGAUUCAUCCUUUUCUGUACAAGAAAGAUGCUUAUCUAUCUGCUUCUGAUCUCAAUACUGAAAUGUGGUCCUGCAUUAGAAGAGACAAGAAGGUGGAUACCAAGACAGGGAAGCAUGAUACUGUCAAGGACAAGAGAUUCUAUCAUCUGAUUGCGCCAAUCUUACUCAAUGCCUUGGCUUACGAUAUUUGCAUCUGUUAUCUCAAGACAUUCACUUCACAGGAUGUGUUGGAGAUCCAAAAGAGUCAUCCAUGGCAAGCAUUUACAUUUUUCGUUAUUGGCAUCACAUUCAUGACAGUGCUAUUUAAUAUGUUUGGCGCCAUCAUGCAACUGAUAUACUGCCUUGUCGCUGGGCAUGGCUCUUACGCAUCCAAUGAAUGGAGAAACUUGAUGAAUUACCCCUUUUCAAGUACCUCGCUAGAGGAUCUGUGGUCACAUCGCUGGCAUCGCAUCUUUCGCGUCGCUUGGGUAAGCAGUGCAUUCAAGCCAGUCUAUUAUUCGAUCCGUCAAAUCACCAACAAGAGCCCCAAAUUCAAGCAUUUAGCAAUUGCUUUGGCCAACUUGGCUGUGUUUGUUGCCUCUGGUAUUACACACGAGUACAUUGUCUUAUGCAAUGCUGGAUGGACGCUGUACACACAGAGGUACAUGGGGCAGGAGAUGGCCUUUUUUGUGCUCCAUGGCGUACUGGUUGUCGUGGAAAAGACCAUGGCGUUCUUUCUGCAGCCUAUGCUUCCCACAUCCGUGACCCAAUCUCCCAUUGUCAAACUGGCAAGACGUGUCUAUGUCAUUUACAUUUCCUACAUUACGUUCCCCUGGUUUAUCAAUAGCUUUGCACCCUGGGGAUUGUUCAAAUUAUCGAGCUUUACUCCUUUAGGCCCUGUUUUAGACAACUAUUUAGCUGCUACACCAUACCUUCUACAAUAUUGUGGCUCGCUUAUCAAAUUGUAA